CCGGGAGGGGGUGCAGCCGUGGGCAGCGCCGCGCAGGGAGGGGCCGCAGCAUCCUCGCCCCCUGCGCGCCCGGGCCCGAGAGGAGGAGGCCGGGGCUCUCGGGGCCUCCCGCCGCUGAGCCUGACGCUGGAGGGGCGAAGGUGAGUGAAGAUGGCAGAGAGGAUGUGACCGACACUCACCCUUGUUCACCUGCCCAGUGGCACCGCCAUGCAGAAGCCCAGCGGCCUGAAGCCCCCCGGCCGUGGGGGUAAGCACUCCAGUCCCAUGGGCCGGACGUCCACCGGGUCAGCUUCAUCCUCGGCAGCAGCAGCCACUGGCUCCAAGGAAGGUUCCCCCCUACACAAGCAGUCAUCGGGAUCCUCCUCCUCCCCGGCUGCAGCUGCUGCCUCUGAGAAGCCAGGCCCCAAGGCGGCCGAAGUGGGCGAUGACUUCCUGGGGGACUUUGUGGUGGGCGAGCGGGUGUGGGUGAACGGCGUGAAGCCAGGCGUGGUGCAGUACCUGGGCGAGACGCAGUUCGCACCGGGCCAGUGGGCUGGCGUGGUGCUGGACGACCCGGUGGGCAAGAAUGACGGUGCGGUGGGUGGCGUGCGUUACUUCGAGUGCCCGGCUCUCCAGGGCAUCUUCACACGGCCCUCCAAGCUGACCCGGCAGCCCACAGCCGAGGGCUCGGGUAGCGAUGCCCACUCCGUGGAGUCACUGACUGCCCAGAACCUGUCACUGCAUUCGGGCACGGCCACACCCCCGCUGACCAGCCGCGUCAUCCCCCUGCGGGAGAGCGUCCUCAACAGCUCCGUGAAGACGGGCAACGAGUCAGGCUCCAACCUCUCGGACAGCGGCUCUGUGAAGCGGGGUGACAAGGACCUGCGCCUGGGGGACCGCGUGCUGGUCGGCGGGACGAAGACUGGUGUGGUGCGGUACGUGGGGGAGACAGACUUUGCCAAGGGCGAGUGGUGUGGCGUGGAGCUGGAUGAGCCACUUGGGAAGAAUGACGGGGCAGUGGCAGGCACCAGGUACUUCCAGUGCCCACCCAAAUUUGGUCUCUUUGCACCCAUCCACAAGGUGAUCCGUAUCGGCUUCCCAUCUACCAGCCCAGCCAAGGCCAAGAAGACCAAGCGUAUGGCCAUGGGUGUGUCAGCACUGACCCACAGUCCCAGCAGCUCCUCCAUCAGCUCCGUCAGCUCUGUGGCCUCCUCCGUGGGGGGCCGGCCCAGCCGCAGUGGCCUGCUCACGGAGACCUCCUCACGCUACGCCCGAAAGAUCUCAGGCACCACGGCCUUGCAGGAGGCACUGAAGGAGAAGCAGCAGCACAUUGAGCAGUUGCUGGCCGAACGAGACCUGGAGCGGGCCGAGGUGGCCAAGGCCACGAGCCACAUCUGUGAGGUGGAGAAAGAGAUCGCCCUGCUCAAGGCACAGCAUGAGCAGUAUGUUGCAGAAGCCGAGGAGAAGCUGCAGCGAGCCCGGCUGCUGGUGGACAGCGUGAGGAAAGAGAAGGUGGACUUGUCCAACCAGCUGGAGGAGGAGAGGAGGAAGGUGGAGGAUCUGCAGUUCCGCGUGGAGGAGGAGUCCAUCACCAAGGGAGACCUGGAGACCCAGACGCAGCUGGAGCACGCGCGCAUUGGGGAGCUGGAACAGAGCCUGCUACUGGAGAAGGCGCAGGCCGAGCGGCUGCUCCGAGAAUUAGCGGACAACAGGCUGACCACAGUGGCCGAGAAGUCUCGGGUGCUGCAGCUGGAGGAGGAGCUCACCCUGAGGCGCGGUGAGAUCGAGGAGCUGCAGCAAUGCCUGCUGCACUCGGGACCCCCGCCCCCGGACCACCCCGACGCCGCCGAGACCCUGCGGCUGCGGGAGCGGCUGUUGUCGGCCAGCAAGGAGCACCAGAGGGAGAGCGGGGUGCUGCGGGAUAAGUACGAGAAGGCCCUGAAGGCCUACCAGGCGGAGGUGGACAAGCUCCGUGCGGCCAAUGAGAAGUACGCGCAGGAGGUGGCGGGCCUGAAGGACAAGGUUCAGCAGGCCACCAGCGAGAACAUGGGGCUCAUGGACAACUGGAAAUCCAAGCUGGACUCACUGGCCUCGGACCACCAGAAGUCCCUGGAGGACCUCAAGGCCACCCUGAACUCGGGCCCAGGUGCCCAGCAGAAGGAGAUUGGCGAGCUGAAGGCGGUGAUGGAGGGCAUCAAGAUGGAGCACCAGCUGGAGCUGGGUAACCUGCAGGCCAAGCAUGACCUGGAGACUGCCGUGCACGUGAAGGAGAAGGAGGCCCUGCGGGAGAAGCUGCAGGAGGCCCAGGAGGAGCUGGCCGGGCUGCAGCGGCACUGGCGGGCCCAGCUGGAGGUACAAGCCAGCCAGCACCGGCUGGAGCUGCAGGAGGCCCAGGACCAGCGCCGGGACGCCGAGCUGCGCGUGCACGAGCUGGAAAAGCUGGACGUGGAGUACCGGGGCCAGGCGCAGGCCAUCGAGUUCCUCAAGGAGCAGAUCUCGCUGGCCGAGAAGAAGAUGCUGGACUACGAGCGGCUGCAGCGGGCUGAAGCCCAGAGCAAACAGGAGGCCGAGAGGCUGCGGGAGAAGCUCCUGGUGGCCGAGAACAGACUCCAGGCGGUCGAGGCCCUGUGUUCCUCCCAGCACACCCACAUGAUUGAGUCGAAUGACAUUUCAGAGGAGACGAUCAGGACGAAGGAAACCGUGGAGGGCCUGCAGGACAAGCUGAACAAGAGGGACAAAGAGGUGACAGCCUUGACCUCCCAGACCGAGAUGCUCAGGGCCCAAGUAAGUGCGCUGGAGAGCAAGUGCAAGUCGGGUGAGAAGAAGGUGGACGCCCUCCUGAAGGAGAAGCGGCGCCUGGAGGCGGAGCUGGAGGCCGUGUCCCGGAAGACCCACGACGCCUCGGGCCAGCUGGUCCUCAUCAGCCAGGAGCUGCUGCGGAAGGAGCGGAGCCUGAACGAGCUGCGGGUGCUGCUGCUGGAGGCCAAUCGCCACUCCCCGGGGCCCGAGAGGGACCUGAGCCGCGAGGUGCACAAGGCGGAAUGGCGCGUCAAGGAGCAGAAGCUCAAGGAUGACAUCCGGGGCCUGCGUGAAAAGCUGACCGGGCUGGACAAGGAGAAGUCCCUGUCGGAUCAGAGGCGCCACUCCCUCAUCGACCCGUCCUCCACACCCGAGCUCCUGCGGCUGCAGCACCAGCUGAUGAGCACGGAGGACGCCCUGCGGGACGCGCUGGACCAGGCUCAGCAGGUGGAGAAGCUGAUGGAGGCCAUGAGGAGCUGCCCCGACAAGCCCCAGAUCAUCGGAAAUUCCGGUUCUGCAAACGGCAUCCACCAGCCGGACAAAGCUCAGAAACAAGAGGAUAAGCACUGACCCCAAAGGGAUUCUGUGGAGCGGCCCAGUCCACACCAGAGCCCCCUGCAGCUGCCCAGUAGCACCUCCUCCAGGCAGGAGCCAGGACUGUCACUUUGGAGACAAAACAGUGUUUGUAACAAUAACGUACUCACCGCCGUGGACAAUCCCCCACCCUGAUCCCCUGCCAGACCAGGAAUUGUCCUCAAGCCCGGCCUUCCACAGAGAGUGAGAGCAGUGCAGCUCUGGCCUGACCCGGGGACCUUCGGCCCAGAUGCCCAGCAGCUUCUGGAGUUUGUCGGUGAAGGCAGAAGGGAUCCAGCCAGGCCCAGAAGGAGCUGCCCUGAUGACCAUCUUAAUGCCCCUGUGCUCUUUUUCCGCCUGUUCUCCCUCGGGUCUACCCAAGGUGGGGGAGGGGGGCUCAGGUUGUCCAUGCAGGCACCAAGGAGGAACGUCCAGUCUUUAAGAGUCAAAUGGGAGCCCCUUUUCUGAAGCCACUUCCAGGCCAAGGCAGUCCCCAGGGCUUCUUGUCCCCACCUUCUGAACCUUCUUCAAACAAUGGUACGGGUUCCCCUCAGCCAGCCUGCCUGCCCAGCGAGGCCCCCAGGUUCAAGGUGUUGGUGGGUGGGGGACAGGCUCCUCCUCCCCCCGCCCAUAGACACCAACACACACACACACACACACACACACGUCUCUAAGCUGCUGGCCUAGGAUGUCACCAAGGCCAGAGCCACAGUAUUACAAAGGUUUGGAAGUCCCUCUCCUCACCUCCCACCGCGACCUUGGGCAAACCCUGGCUCAGAGCCCAGGUCAGGAGAGCCCGGGGUGGAGGCUCCAGGCAGGUUUGACAGAGGUCAGUAAUACGGUGUCCCCUGGGGCUGAGCAGAUCUCCCAAGUCAUCUGUAUCCACCUGUAAAUGCAUCUAAACGGGCCCUUAUGCACACACCACAUACACUCAGAUGGACCACGUGUGCACACACAAUUGUGUGCAUGGCGCCGUGAACCAUGCCCAGGCCACCACACAGAGACACAUACUGGCUUCUGAGACUGAGAACCAGGCCUGGCAGGAUGGUACCCGCAGACACCACAGACAUUCCCACAGCUGAGAGGUGCACACACCAGGUACACACAGCCGGGCGUUCGGGGGUAUGUGCCACAGAACAGCCCUUCCUGGUCUCACCAGUCACCUGCACAGCACACCUCCAGCCCCAUCUCCUUGCGGGGGCUGCGGGGGAGACAAACCUAACUGUCCCAUGCCCCCCAAGAAGGGCCCCCCAACCCGGACCCCGUCUUCCCCUCAAGCCUGCUAAGUUAUCCCGGGCCUGUGCAUGGCGGAAGAAGCCAGCCUUGGCCCUGCAGCCCCUACGUCUCUGCUGGGGGAUGGACGGGUUACUUACAGCUCUGCCCGCCUCGCCACGCCACCCGGCAUCAGCACAGGGGGUCCCGCCCCACCCUCCGGCAGCUCAGGGAGUGUUUUCCUGUGAGGCCUCCUCCACCAGGAGACCAGAGGGAGAAGCCCAAUGCCCCAUCCCGGCUUUCCCUUAAGGCACAGGACGCGUGUGCAAUUCAUAGGAACGGCCCAGGUCGCCCUCGUGAGCCCCGCCUGGUACAGGUAGGUGGCACUCACGCUCCUGCCCACGUGCAGCCCAAGUGGGAGUCGGAGCCAGUCCUCCGGGCCCCCCGCCAGUCCCCGUCGGCUUUCGGUAGCUCGCAUGCAGUUCUAUUAACAGCUGUCUAGAAGCGAUUCUUUAGUGGUCUAACCCAGGGUCAAAUACAGCUCUUUCCAGCCAAGUCAGGGCUCUGCCCCAUCCGCAGGGGCACCGAUCAGUCUACUAACAGCCAGAGAUCCACUCAGCAGGGCACCGGGAGGAGCUGGGCCCCCGGGGUCGGCUCCUGGUGGUGGGUUUCCCUGGGAGCCUCUUCCUCCAUGGGCCUCUCCAAUCACCCAGUGUGGCCGCCCGGGGGCGGGGCUCAGCCAUGUCCCAUGUCCCAUGUCCCUCCCCAGGUCCGUCCCACGCCCCUCCCCUCCUCAGUGGAAUUGUUGAAGUGUGGCGAGUCUGUGCUCGGGACAAUAAAGCUUGUGACAGGUCCAGGA